UUUUAUGUCCUUGGCAGUUGGCUUUACAUGCAACUUCGGAAGUUUCGUUUAUAUUUACUCAUUUACUGUGACACUUUAUGAGGGGUAACUGGUUAACUGUUAACUUUAAGAUUUCGGCUUCCUUUGAGGGUUCGCUAUCCAUACCGUACACGCGAAUACUUGCUCUUCGAUUUAGUUAAAAUUUCGGUAUCCCGUGCAUGCAACCAUGAGCGAGCGCGAAGUACGCAGCAGACGCCCCCCAGCGAAUGCGGAUAAUGAUGGCGAAACUAUUCCUCCCUCGCAAAGUCCCAAUCAGUACCGUUCCGGAUCUGUUCUCUAGAUCCGCGGUCUCCCGUUCUUCGGCUGCGUUAUUGAAGAUAAUUUUCUUGCUGUCAUCGGUUGUAUUGGUGUUUAUUAUGGUGGCUCAGCCCGAUUUUUUCUCAUCCAUUAUUACGACAUACCUACCAUCGGAAUUGAAGCGUGUCCCCAAGAGCACCCCUGCGGAGGGAAUCGUAAACCAUGACGGCAUAAAUAUAUACACAAAGGAGGAAUUGGCCCGACAUUCGGGCGACGAUCCCUCCAAACCGAUUUUACUAGCUUAUAUGGGGAAAGUUUAUGAUGUAACGAAAGGAAAGCGGCAUUAUGGCCCAGGAGGAAGCUACAGUUUUUUUGCGGGAAAAGAUGCAACCCGUUCGUUUCUGACUGGAGAUUUUAAAAAUGACCUGACGGAUAAUCUUGAUGAUUUGCCGGAUUCGCUCUUCGGCCAGAUUGAAACCUGGGCGGAUACGUACUCGAAAUCUGCGGACUAUAAGGAAGUUGGUGUAUUGUGUGGAGAGUUUUAUCAUUGUGCUGGAACGCCGGACGCAGGAAAGCCUACGGAGAAGUUGUUACAUGUUUACCAAAUGAUAGAAAAAGCGAAAUCCGACGAGGCCAAGGAAAACGAAGUGUAUAAAGAGUUUCCACAAUGCAAUUCAGAAUGGAGUCAGGACAAGGGUGGACGCCUCUGGUGCAGCCCGAAAAGUGGUGGAAUUGAACGUACUUGGUCCGGCGUGCCCCGAUUGUUAUUGACACAAAAGCCUGGCGGAGCGAAAUCAACACGGUGUGCUUGUGUCCAUCCAGAAAAGCUAAGUGAUCCGCGCUUAGAAGCUUACCCGGGCUGUCAUCCAGAUGCUGAAAGCUGUGCGAUGCCGAAAUAGUUUGCUGUGGUGACUUUAGAACGUUUAAAGUUUUGUAAUUUUUAAAAAUGUUGGUAGGUUUUUAAACCUGCCAUAUGUUGAAUUCCAGCUUCAGAUUCUACUUUAUGGUUUUUUAGUUGUGAUAUCUUUGGACAUGUACUCGUUCUCUCUUCGGAGCAGCUCUGCGCGCUUUUCGGCGAGCAGUUUUAAUUUUUUAUGAGUUUUCUUGUAUUGUUGGAGUUUCAGCUAAGUGUUCACUAUUUAACAUAUCGUGAUAUUAGCGAAAUUUUAUGCCUAUUUUUUUUACAGUGAAUAGCUAGUUGGUGCCUUAUGUCCUUCGCAAAUCAACAAAAGUUAAUUACUGCUCUUAUAACCGGCUCGGAUUUUUAA